AUUUGUAUCUGUACCCUUUCCAAUUCCAAACAGAGCCUUAUUAAGAACAUUUGAAUCGCGCUCCUUCGGAAGUUCGGAUAGAACUGGCUAAGGUAGUAAGGUGGGCUUUGGGCCUUUAUCAUUCGUUACCGCCGUGCUCACCACUUUCCUUCCCCAUCCCAGUCUUCUCACUCAGCCAUGGUGUUGCUCGCAUUCCCGUUAGUUCUUUCUGCUUUAAAGCCCCAUGGAACGCAUCUGGCGCUCUUCUACCCCGGGAGACGAAGCCCAUUCCACUUCUGCGGGCCUCUCCGUCGCCAUUCCUGUCUUCGGUUCAGUAAGACCACUGUUUCAGCUAUUAGCACAUCUGCAAUAUCCCAGCCUCCAUCCAAAGAUCCAAAGCCACAUACCAGAACUUCUGUUCCGACAUUUCAACAGGCGAUUCAGCGCCUCCAGGAAUAUUGGGCUUCUGUUGGAUGUGCUGUCAUGCAAUGUAGCAACACAGAGGUUGGAGCUGGGACUAUGAAUCCUUUGACAUUCUUGAGGGUUCUUGGCCCUGAACCGUGGAAUGUUGCGUAUGUGGAGCCUAGUAUAAGGCCAGAUGAUAGUCGUUAUGGAGAGAACCCAAAUAGGCUCCAACGCCAUACUCAAUUUCAGGUCAUACUAAAGCCAGAUCCAGGAAAUUCACAAGAUCUUUUUAUCCGUAGCCUUGCAGCCUUAGGUAUUGAUGUCAAUGCACAUGACAUACGCUUUGUGGAGGACAACUGGGAAAGUCCAGUUCUUGGUGCUUGGGGAUUGGGCUGGGAAGUGUGGAUGGAUGGGAUGGAGAUCACACAAUUCACAUACUUCCAGCAGGCUGGGAGUCUUCCUUUGCUGCCAAUAUCUGUAGAGAUCACUUAUGGUCUUGAAAGGAUCCUUAUGUUGCUUCAGGGAGUUGAUCAUUUCAAGAAAAUCCAAUAUGCUGAUGGAAUUACAUAUGGAGAACUGUUCCUAGAGAAUGAGAAGGAAAUGAGUGCAUAUUAUUUAGAACAUGCCAGUGUUGAUAAUAUCCAAAGGCACUUUGAGAUAUUUGAGGAAGAGGCUCGUUCCUUGUUGUCAUUGGGUCUUGCAGUACCUGCGUAUGAUCAGCUUCUGAAGACAUCUCAUGCUUUUAACAUUUUAGAUUCUAGAGGUUUUGUUGGUGUAACUGAACGGGCUCGUUAUUUUGGCCGGAUGCGUAGUUUAGCUCGGCAAUGUGCUCAACUUUGGGUAAAGACGCGAGAGUCCCUUGGGCACCCUCUAGGCAUUAUAUCUGAACCCAGUUAUGUUGCUUGUCCUAAAGACGAUCUUGAGAAGGCUCUGAGAAAGGUGCCAGAGGUUCCUAGGUCAUUCAUUCUUGAAAUUGGAACAGAAGAAAUGCCACCUCAAGAUGUAGUUGAUGCAAGCCAACAGCUUAAAGAUUUAAUCAUACAGUUACUUGAGAAGCAAAGGUUGAAUCAUGGUGAAGUAUUCACAUAUGGAACGCCACGCAGAAUAGUGGUAUACGUGCUACUGCCAACCAUGCAACCAUUUCAGGUUCUUGUUGACAGGCUUUGUCCUAAGCAAAUGGAGAAUGACAUUGAAGUACGGGGACCUCCAGUGGCAAAGGCAUUUGAUCAUCAGGGAAAUCCUACUAAGGCUGCUGAGGGUUUUGCCCGUAAAUAUGGUGCUUCUUUGGAUUCUUUGUUUAGAAAGGCAGAUGGUAAGACAGAAUAUGUAUAUAUUCGUGUGAAGGAGUGUGACCGUAUUGCUUUAGAGGUUCUGUCUGAAGAAUUGCCGACUAUCAUUGGUAAAAUAUCAUUCCUGAAAUCAAUGCGCUGGAAUUCUGAGUUCAUGUUCAGUAGACCCAUUCGUUGGAUUUUAGCCCUCCAUGGGAAUGUCGUGGUGCCUUUCGUGUUUGCUGGAAUUAUGAGUGGAAGUCUGUCUUAUGGUCUUCGUAAUACCCCAUCAGCUACCAUGGAGGUAGAAAGUGCAGAAUCUUAUGUAGGACUUAUGAAGAAGGCAGGGAUUUCUGUAGAAAUUGAGAAACGCAAGAACACAAUUUUAGAGUGCUCUACUUCCUUGGCAGAAAGUGUUGGUGGACAUCUUGUCAUGCAGAAUAGCUUACUUGAGGAGGUUGUGAAUCUUGUUGAGGCACCUGUUCCAGUCCUUGGAUCUUUCAAGGAGUCCUUCUUAGAGCUUCCUAAUGAUCUCUUAGUAAUGGUCAUGCAGAAGCACCAGAAGUACUUUGCUAUCACAGAUAACCAUGGGAAAUUAUUGCCAAACUUCAUUGCUGUGGCUAAUGGAGCAAUUGAUGAGAUGGUGGUAAGAAGAGGCAAUGAAGCUGUACUGAGAGCUCGCUAUGAGGAUGCAAAGUUUUUCUAUGAGAUGGACACUAAUAAAAGGUUUUCUGAAUUCAGAAGUCAGUUAAAGGGGAUUUUGUUUCAUGAGAAGCUUGGAACAAUGCUGGACAAAAUGAUGCGUGUCCAAAAUAUUGUAACCAAACUAAGUUUAGCCAUGGGAAUUGAGAAUGAUACACUGCCAGCUGUACAAGAAGCUGCAUCACUGGCUAUGUCAGAUCUUGCUACUGCUGUCGUUACAGAAUUUACUUCCCUCUCUGGAAUUAUGGCCCGUCAUUAUGCACUAAGAGAUGGCUAUUCUGAACAGGUUGCAGAAGCCUUGUUUGAGGUCACACUUCCCAGGUUUUCUGGGGACCUUAUUCCAAAGACUGAUGUAGGGAUGGUUCUAGCAGUUGCCGACAGAUUGGAUAGUCUUGUUGGCUUAUUUGGAGUUGGGUGUCAGCCAAGUUCUUCUAAUGAUCCAUUUGGCUUGCGAAGAAUCUCUUAUGGUCUUGUCCAAGUGUUGGUGGAAAAUGACAAGAACCUGGAUUUAAGAAAUGCUUUGGUAGUUGCUGCAGAUGUUCAACCCAUAAAGAUGGAUGCCAAUACUAUAGAUGAUGUACAUCAAUUCGUUACUAGGAGACUGGAGCAAUUUCUGGUGGAUAAAGGUACAAGUCCUGAAGUGGUUCAUUCUAUCCUUUCAGAGCGUGCAAAUUGGCCAUGUUUGGCUACAAAAUCAGCUGUUAAAAUGGAUGUCCUAUCAAAGGGUGAGAAUCUGCCAAAGGUCAUUGAAGCUUAUUCUCGUCCAACACGGAUUAUUCGUGGGAAGGUCAUGGAUACUGAUUUGGAGGUCAGUGAAUCUGCAUUUGAAACAAAAGAAGAGAGAGCUUUAUGGAAUGCUUUCUUGUCAGUAAAGACCAAGAUCCAUCCUGGUGUGGAGAUUGAUGAUUUUGUUGAAUCAUCUUUGGAACUACUACAGCCACUUGAGGAUUUCUUUAACCAUGUCUUUGUCAUGGUGUGGAACUCUCUCUCAGGCACAUAUGCCUUUGUGUCUGAAGAAGAGAGUAGGAGGAAUGUUAUGAUGAGGAACCCAAGCAUUGAGUAA